AUGAUUAAAACAUCUGCAAAAAGCAGUACAAAGACUCCAACGACAAGCAUGAGUCGAUUACCAGUGCCUCGCAAAUCUUCUAAGAAAUUGUCACCCUUACCGGGAUCUUGUCACAAGGCUCGCCCAGCCCCUAAUUUCAGCAAGCUCCACAAGAACUGGCAGGACAGAUUUGAGACUGGAAAAAUGAGCGGAAAGAAACCCUGCACUGUGCCCAGAGAAUUUGAGGUGACACGUCCAGGGACGAAAUUUACACGAGAUGGAGCAGACUCCGAUGGAGAAAGCCUGCCAGAUUUCGAGGCUGACCAACUUGCUCUGGAGUCAAUUUUGAAUGAACGAGGUGUUGGACAAAAUAGGAUCACAGGAAGAGCCACCGUGGCCACAGAAAAGCCAAGUAUUGGUAAGAUGAAACGAAGUCGAAGUGCCCACAGUAUUGGAAAGAGAAGAGUAUUUGGAGAGCUAGCAUGUGACCCUGAACAGAACCGAAAUGGCCGUCGUCGUAGUAGAAGUGCAAAGAAAGCACUUGAGUUUUCAAAGGAGAUUGAGCAAUCUGCAGAAUCAGAGUUCCAGCGAGAUGACAAAGCCAUGGAAAGUAUCCUAAAUGAAACCGGAAUAUCUGUAAUAGGCAACAAUCAACAGGGACGUCUAACAUACGCAGGCCAAGCUUCUGGAGCAGCAAUAACACAGACUCGUCAGUCCCUGUAUCAUGUACCACAGACAGACAGGAUGUCCAUGAGUAAAGCUAUGACAGACUACCAGAAUCUAUUGUUGUCUAAACUGGGUUCCAAAAGUGCUAAACUCCAAACACCUACAGUUGAAUCAGUGAAUACCAUCCUGGACAAAUACAAUGCCAGUCAGCUGAUGCCCAAAGUUGUUCAGUCUCCAUUUGGACGAACAGUGACCGCCCCAAUGAGGAAUUCCAUCUAUAAGUCUUACCAGAUGCAAUCAACUCUACGAAGUCCCCAUCCCAAUGUCUCUUCAGGCAAGGAGGACAUGGCUGAUGUUAAUGCCCGCACGCCUAAGAGGGUUUUAACACGAGAGGCACACGACAGCUCUAGGAGGGCACCCUACAACUGUAAAUCAUCCUCAAAGAAAAAUGUUAAAUGGGCAGAUGUCUUGAAAGAUGAAGACAGCUGUGAUGGUCCAGUAGCCUUCAAAAAGGAAAGAGUAAGUAAGAAGUCACUGUUCCAGCCUCUGCAAGCCAAUGAGACCUUUGUGGACGACUAUAAGGAGAACUCGAAUCCCGGGGUUGGGGAGGCCAGGCCCGGGGGGAGGGGACACAGUGACAGGAGAGACCAUGCUAAUGGUGAUGAUGCAACCACUGCUCUCCAGCACUACAGUGGUACGGCUGCUGGCGAUGAAUCAUCACAAACCGCCGCCACCGAAUCAUCUCCUUCAUCUGUGGCAGAGCUGGCAGUGUUGUCCAUGACUCAUCCUGCCAGCCUCUGUACCAGCCAGGCCAGUACAGCACCGCGCACACGACACCCCACCCAGGCAUGCUCCACGGGGCAUGGACACACUAGCGCACACCUCGCACCCCCACCCCCCAGCCACGCCCUGCUCACCACCCCCGGGAUUACACCAGACCAGGAAUUCUACCAAACGUCCACCCAUGGAAGCCAUGAUAUUAAAGGUUUGGCCAAGGUGCCAAGUGCGGUGCCUUGCAGCCCCGUAAACCCCCACCCAGGCACCACGGCAUGGACAAAAUAUGGAGACAGCAUCAGCAGCAUUAACUCUCCGCAACUUCAGGCUAUAGAGGAAGUCCAGCUGGAGAGUAAGGUUGGAAAUUUAGAAAUGGCAAUGCACACAGAUGAAACAGAGGAUGGACAGACCCCUCAGCAAAGUGAAACUACUACAACGGACCACGUAACCAGAGCUACAGACACUCAGGACAGAGUCAACAGAUUUGUGGGUCAUGUGAAACGAACACGCAAAAGACAGAGCAUCGCUGAGCUGAACGAGAGUAUUUCUGAGUCUCAUGUCCACCUACAAAGACUGGAAGGGGAGAUAAGUCGUUUACAACAUGAUAGACGAGGAGAAAUAAGAGAGUUACAUCAAGAUAGUAACCAAGGGAAUACACAGGCGGAAACUACCAAUAUAAUAUACCACUUGGAAAUGAUUCGGAAACAGCAAGAGCAAUUGGUGUUACUGGAACAACAACUCCAGGAGCAGCUGACCAUUCAAGCCCAAACCCACCAGCAGGGUCAAGGUGAAAGUCAUCACACCAUUUCUGACUGUGAUUCUCUUAAUGGAAAUAACUUAACAAAGGAAAGUGUUGCUAGGUCUCAAGGUUCUCUUGCAGGUCAAAGUACCAAAUUGUGUGACAUGAUGGUGUACAGUGGUUUUGAAAACAACAAUUUGAUUGUGAAUUCAGCUGACUUACCAGUGACUGUGACUCCACAGUUCACGCCAAGAGACUGUGAUACAACCAAACAAUCCUCAAAUAAACACAUGCUGGCCCGAAACAUGGACACAUGGACAUCCCCAAUGUGGAGACAGCAGGGCCUUCAGGUGACUUCCCAAAGUCACCAAACCCCAUCAUCACAAACUUUAACAGAAAUGACCACAGUGAGUGUGUGUGGCACUACUCCUACUGUAUGUGAGUGUGAAGCUGAGCUACCUUGUCCAAUCGACUUGUCAUGUCGUAGUCCGAUGCCAACGAGGUCAGCUGUGUGUGACUUGCCUAACCAGGGCGAAACAUUGGACAAUUCAUCAAUGUUUCAGUCUCCUUACCGCACAGCCUUUUGUCCUACCACACCUAGUAUAGGCAACAUGAACUCGGCCUUCACGUCGGUUGGUGAGUCUUCUUCACUAGGUCUGGGCAGUCCCUUCAGGUCAUUGUCACUCAAGGCCAGCGUGAUGGCCAGUCCAGCAAGGUCAAGUCCCCUACGCAUGAUGCGAAGGGAUGAAGAGAGUUUACUGCGCAUGGUCAGUGUUCGAACCAAUGAGCGCUACCUUGAAGCUCUGCUAGACGAGGAAUGUGCCCUGUAUGCAUAUCGGCUUCAGACACUGCGCACUGAAGAGGAAAACCGAAUGGACAUCACCAAUCCGGUGGCAAGGGUCUUGUCUGAAGGUGAUGAUAUGCAUUUUGUGCCAAUCAUGGAAGAAGGCCCGCAUGCCAUCGGUUUGAGAGAAAAUUCAGCAUUCUGCUGCUAUGCCAGAUGAGGAUAGG